GGAACAACUCUUUCCUAGUUUACCAGGCAUAUUGAACUCUUGCCCAUCAAAAUGAAUACGGACUUGAAGGCUUUGGAAUUGUUGUUCCAGCGACCAUUGGAGCCGGUGUUCACCACCCGUGAUAAUGGCAAGACGGUGCUCGAUCUGCCCGAAAGCGUCUAUACGGAUCGCUAUCGCAACAACUCGGAGGAGGUCUCGAAUCGCUUCAGUCUGAAUGCUGAAACGCGUAUACCCGUGCGGGAGCUGGCCAAGAAGCCGAAUCUGGGAUUCGCAUCCAAGUUGGGCCGAAAGAAUCAAUUCUCCUUGUUCAAUACACGGCACAGGGAAAUUGCCGGCCAGCUAAUCCAAUUGUAUCUGGAUGCGCCCAAUUUGCAAGAGUUCGUCGCCCUGGCUGUCUACACCAAGGAUCGAGUCAACCCAGUGCUGUUCCAAUACAGUUACGCAGUGGCCAUUGCUCAUCGUCCGGAUACGCGCACCGUGCCCAUUCCCAACAUUUCGCAGGUCUUCCCAAGCAACUUUAUCGAGCCCUCCGUUUUUCAGGAAGCGCGCCAGGAGGCUUCGGUAAUUGCCAAGAGCGGCAAUCGCUCCAUUUUGGAGAUACCCAUCAAUUAUACGGCCUCCGAUCGCGAGGAUGAGCAGCGUUUGUCCUAUUUCCGUGAGGAUAUUGGCGUCAACAGCCAUCAUUGGCAUUGGCAUUUGGUUUAUCCGGCCAGUGGACCCGUGGAGGUGGUCAACAAGGAUCGUCGCGGCGAGCUCUUCUACUACAUGCACCAUCAGCUGAUCGCACGCUACAAUGUGGAGCGUUUCUGCAAUAAUCUGAAGCGCGUAGCGCCACUCAAUAAUCUACGUGACGAGGUGCCCGAAGGCUACUUCCCCAAGAUCCUGUCAAGCGUAAACAAUCGCACAUAUCCGGCACGUGUGUCCAGGCAGCUGCUGCGCGACGUGGAUCGUCCUGAUGGCAAUAUUGAGAUCUCCGAAUUGGAACGCUGGCGUGAUCGCGUUCUGGCCGCCAUCGAUCAGGGCUUUGUCGAAGAUGCUCAAGGUAAACGCAUUCCGUUGGACGAGGUGCGCGGCAUCGAUAUUCUGGGCAACAUCGUUGAGGCCUCCAGCACGCUUUCGGUGAACAACCAGUUCUAUGGCAAUUUACACAAUCAGGGCCACACUAUCAUCUCGUUUGCCCAUGAUCCCGACAACCGGCACUUGGAGGACUUUGGUGUUAUGGGCGAUGUGACCACAGCUAUGCGCGAUCCAAUCUUUUACAGAUGGCAUGGAUUCAUCGAUAGCGUUUUCAACAAGCACAAAGCCCUGCUGCCGGUCUACAAUGCCACCCAGCUGGGCUUUGAGGGUGUCAACGUGACCUAUGCGGAGGCACGACUGGGCGCUGCCAAUGCACGCCCAAAUACGCUGCUCACCUAUUGGCAAAAAUCGAAUGCCAAUUUGGCUGCCGGCCUGGACUUUGGACCAGUGGAGGAUGAAAAUAUUACAGCCUCCUUCAGGCAUCUGCAGAACGCACCCUUUACCUACACGUUCAAUGUGACCAAUUCGGGCGCCAAACGCACCGGCACCUGCCGCAUCUUCAUUUGUCCCAAGACCGAUGAGCGCAACCAGCCGUUGCGCCUCGAGGAGCAGCGUCUCAUGGCCAUUGAGAUGGACAAGUUUACGGUGGAACUGGUGCCCGGUGAGAAUACCAUACGCCGUGAAUCGACCGACUCCUCGGUGGCCAUACCAUUUGAGCGUUCGUUCCGUGCCGUUGGGGCUAGUUAUCAGCCCACUGCGGCAGAUGAGCUGGCACGUUUCCGUUUCUGCGGCUGCGGUUGGCCGCAGCAUCUGCUGCUGCCCAAGGGCAAGCCGGAGGGUAUGCAAUUCGAUUUGUUUGUCAUGAUUUCGGACUAUACCAACGAUUCGGUGCAGCAGUUAACCAACACCCCGAACGAUGCCUGCAGCACUGCCUAUUCGUUCUGCGGCCUCAAGGAUAAACUGUACCCGGAUAGACGCACCAUGGGCUUCCCCUUCGACAGGCGUCUGCCCAAUGAUAAUCUCAAUGAAUUUGUGGCCGCCUUCACCAAUAUGGCCAAGACCGAUUUGACAAUUAAGUUCAACGAUCGCACUGUGGGUUAAAGCCGACACACUUAUAUAUCCAUAUUAUACCUAUGCAUAUCUAUUCACAUUAUAUAUUCUUUAAAACGCAUUAAUAAAAGCCGCAACGU